GUCGAGAGAGGCUCUUUUAUUCUCUUGAUCAGUUCCUCCCUCCGCCACUCGAAUUAGCCUUUGCUGACCGACCCCCAGGAAACCAGAAGGAGAAAAAUCUAAGAACUGAGGUUUGGUUGAGUUUGUUCGAUCCAGAGAGCGAGAGAGAGAGAGAGAGAGGAGAUGGAAGGGCACAGGAGAAUUGGGGUGGCAGUGGACUUCUCGCCAUGCAGCAAGAAGGCGUUGAAGUGGGCGGUGGACAACGUCGUCCGCGCCGGCGAUCACCUGAUCCUCAUCACCGUCUGCCCCGGGGGCAACUACGAGGAAGGCGAGAUGCAGCUCUGGGAAGCCACCGGCUCUCCUCUUAUCCCUCUGAUUGAGUUCUCUGAUCCCAUCAUCAUGAGGAAAUAUGGGGUGAAGCCCGAUCCGGAGACGAUUGACAUCGUCGGCACUCUCGCUGCGCAGAAGGAGGUUGUGGUGGUUAUGAAGAUCUACUGGGGAGAUGCUCACGAGAAGAUAUGCGAAGCGAUCGACAAAAUCCCCCUGAGCUGCAUCAUAAUCGGAAACAGGGGCCUCGGCAAGCUGAAGAGGGUCAUACUGGGGAGCGUGAGCAACUAUGUCGUGAACAACGGGUCUUGCCCUGUGACCGUCGUGAAGAGCGGAGAAUACGAGACCUAAUCGGUUCGCGUACUCUUCUCGUGUUUUGAUCAAGAAAUAAGUUCACCUGCAUUCUCUAGCUGGUCAGGUUACCCGUCCUCGGGUAUAUAGGAACCAUGGAAAGUAAAGUUUUUGCUGUUGUGAUGCUGCGGCGAAGUUGUGUAUGAAUUUCAUGGUUGGGUGUAUAUGUCUGUUCUUCAGUUUCUGCAAAGUAAAGACCCAAAAAAUUUGAUCUUGGACCCCUUUGGUGUGUAUGUCUGUUCUUCAGAUUUUCUUGCUUUUGGUAUUGAAAGAUGCAUGCCAUGUGCACAAAUAUUGGCCAAUACAAUUGAGACUUGA